AUGCAACUCGGCAUCACGUCAGGACUACCGGCCCUGGUCAUACUCCUUCAAUGGCUAGGGAAUUCCUCGGCUGCCCCGCCGUCGCCGGAGGCUGCUCUGGUAAGACGUGUCGGGGAGAAUAUAGAUGCGGGUGCUAAAAGUCCUGACACGCACCUGUCCUCAUCGCUUGAUUCCGACCCAGAUGAUCCUAUGGAACAGAUAUUACGGGAAAUGCAGGAAAAUCGGAAGAACUCUAUGCAUUUCCCAGGUACGAGUCGGGAGCAACCCGGUUUACUAUUUCGUGUUGACGGCCGGUCGCCGGGGGAAAUUUUCGAGCACGGCAUGACGAACCCUUUGAAUGGAGAGCCUGUCAUGCCUCAUACUUUCGAUGCCGGUCGGCAUACGGCACAGGUGGGAGAUACAAACUUUUUGUCAUUAACUCGAUCUCCAGCCGUUGCGGAGAGUUUCGGAAAGGAUGUUAUGCCUGGUGGCCACCGAAACUUUUUUGGCGCCGACGACUGGGCAAAGGUUCAAGCUCACUCCGAGAAAACUACCGGAAAUCCUGUAUGGUUUGAUGGCGCUCCUCCCAAAGCAGCCUCACUCACCCCAGUGGAAACACCAAAGCAGUGGAUCUAUCUUGUACAAGCUAACAAAAAGUAUCUAAACCUUUUCCAAAUCCUUGGACCAGAUGGCUUCGCUGCUAGGGAAUUUGUCGCCCAACAGGAGUUUGUGGUGGUAGGAGGAAGAAUUGAAGCCGAUCGCAUAAUCGGUGCAUACCAGCUUGGGGAUAGUCAAAAAAUGGUUAUACUAAAUAAGAACUACAACCAUGCGUAUGACGGCCAACGAGCUAGUAAUGGACUUACAGAAUUUGCCCAUGAAGGCAACGCAGCUCUCGCGGAGAAGAUCAUAAAAGAGGCCGAUGGCGAGAGCGAACAGCUUAAAAAGGAGAGCGGCGGACGCUCGAGACAGAAAUUCACAAAAUCCCGUUUGCCUCUCUCGGAAGUUAUCAAACAGUUCAACGCCAAUACACCUCAACAAGCCAAUAAUAAGGACGUCAAGGGUAAAGCUUCAGACCGUAACGGCGCUAGCACAAGCAAGAGUAUGUGCGCGAGGGAUGGAAAUUGCAAGUAUGGCAAAGCUGAGCUCAUUCGGCUACCGGAGUCCGAUGGUUCGGAGUCCGGUAAGGAGAAACAACCCGAAGGGAACCUGCAGCCAGAUGAGUCGAAGAAAGCGACCAAGAAUCAGAGCCCAGAACAACAUCGCCUUCCUGGAUAUAAUAAGAAAGCUGCUCUAAUCCAGCAUCUGGGUGGCUGUAUUUUAGGCCUUGCUUCGAAUGCUAUUUAUUAUGAAGCACAGAAAAAUUCAGUAAGCCCCUGCCCAAUGCUAAUUAUAUACUUUGUGUUGGUUCGGUUCUGGGGGAAACUGGUAACAAGAGAUCUCUUUCAAUGGAUUCAAUUUGGUACGAAAGGAGGGAAAAGAGGCUGCCCCUGA